AUUGUUUUGUGUCUAUAUAUAGGGGAGGAGAUAGAUUUACAUCAUUAAAGAGGCUUCGUGGCUUGAGAUUUAGCUAGGCUGGCAAAAGGGGCAAUGGCCAUCCUCUUCUGCAACUUCAUCAAGCCUCUUCCCCUGCUUCUUCUUCUUUCUUUUACAGAUUUAUUUGCAAGUACACUCAGCCUUGGAAUUGGAAUUAACUAUGGCCAAAUUGCAAAUAAUCUGCCAACACCCUCACGAGUCUCGUUUCUCCUCAGAUCCCUCAAUGUUACGAGAGUAAAACUCUAUGACGCCGAUCCAAACGUGUUAACCGCGUUCGCUAACACAAAUGUUGAAUUUGUUAUUGGACUUGGGAAUGAGUACCUACAAAGAAUGUCUGAUCCUCAACAAGCUCAGGCUUGGAUUCAACAACAUGUUCAACCUUACCAUACUCAGACUAGAAUCACUUGUAUUACUGUUGGUAAUGAGGUCUUGACAGGUACUGAUACACAGCUAAAGUCUUACCUCCUCCCAGCAAUGCAGGGUGUAUACCGUGCUCUUGUUAAUCUUGGACUUAGCAAUGAAAUAUAUGUGGCACAUCCCCACUCGGCGGGGAUCUUGGCGAACUCUUUUCCGCCUUCCUCUGGUUCAUUUCGACAAGAUCUUAGUGAAUACAUUCAUGGCAUGCUCAAUUUCCAUGUCCAAACCAAGUCGCCGUUCCUUAUAAAUUUCUAUCCAUUCUUUGCAUACAAAGACAACCCCAACGAAGUUCCACUUGAUUAUGUACUUUUCCAGCCUAACCAAGGUAUGACUGACCCGAUCACGAAUUUGAAGUAUGACAACAUGUUGUAUGCACAAAUUGAUGCAGUUUAUUCAGCAAUUAAGGCAAUGGGCCACACAGACAUUCCAGUUAAGGUUUCCGAAACCGGCUGGCCAUCAAAGGGAGACCCGAAUGAGUUUGGAGCAACACCUGUAAAUGCUGCACUAUAUAACGGUAAUUUGUUUCAGCGUAUGCAGCAAAAUCAAGGGACUCCAGCUAAGCCAUCGGAGCCCAUUGAUGUUUACGUGUUUGCACUUUUCAACGAAAAUUUAAAGCCUGGUCCAGCAUCAGAGAGGAAUUAUGGUCUCUACUACCCUGAUGGAACUCCAGUUUAUAACAUCGGGUUACGAGGAUUUCUUCCACGUAUGGACUAUUCAGCUGCUAAGAAAAAUGCCUUUUCUUUUUCUGCUCUUCUUCUGCUUAUGAUGAUUUUCUUGAUACACUUCUGAACGCUGUACGAUAGAUCAAAUAUGGAGAUUAGAGAUGAUUCAAUUUUUUCAGGAACUUCCGCUGAUAGAUAUUAAACGGUAAUCGUAGACGGCGCAGUUUUUAUUAUUUUCUGUUUUCACAUUUGCUAACUUAGCUGGAAAAAUUUGCUUAUUGGAGAUGAAGGUCAUGAUCAAUAUAUACAUUGUGUAUUCAUACAAAAAAAAAAACAAAA